AUGUUUUUCAACAUUAGUUAUGCUGAUAGUACAUGCAAUGACUCACAACCUCCUCAAACAUCUCUUUUCUCCACUAUAUUAGCCACCUGCCUCAUUAUCAUCGUCUACCUUGUCCUAUACAUUGAGCCGCCGAACCUCGACCUUGUGAACGGAAAAGGCGCAUUUGAACUUACGGAUGUUCGCGUGAAAAAGGACUUUGUUCGAAAUGCAUACAAAAUCAUCACCGACAGAUUGAAUAGCGUCCCCGGCAAGCCGUUCCGAGUGAUAGCAGAUAUUGGCGAAGUUACAAUCCUGCCUCCCGAGUACGCACACGAGAUACGUAACGAUGUGAACUUUAGCUUCACGAAAGCCGCCUUCCAGUGGUUCUAUUCCCACCUUCCCGGUAUGGAGGGAUUUCGAGCGGGAACAAACGAAUCGCACAUCAUGAAAUUGGUAGCACGACAUCAGUUGACUCACCAACUGAUGCGUGUGACCAAAGCUGUAUCUGAUGAAUGUGUCGCAGCGCUGCAAGACAUCUAUACAGAACACGAGGACUGGCACGAGCUUGUCAUGCGAGAAGCAAACCUCCAAGUGAUGGCCCGCGUGACUUCCCGAAUUUUUCUCGGUGAAGAGCUCUGCCGCGACCCUGCUUGGCUUCGGAUCACAUCAACUUACUCUGUCGUUGCAUUUCGGGCAGUCGAAGAGCUUAGGCUUUGGCCUUCGUGGCUUCGUCCCGUGGUACAGUGGUUCCUCCCACACUGUACUGCCGCACGUGCUUUGGUUCAAGAAGCCCGCAAUGUCAUUGAUCCAGUACUCGUCAAGCGACGAAUAGAGAAGGCUGAUGCUAUUGCAAGAGGAGAGAAUGCAGAGUUCAACGAUGCGAUUAGCUGGUUGGAAGAUCUAGCGCAGGAGAAGUCAAUCGAGUACGACCCAGCUUGUGCACAGCUAUCGCUCUCGACUGCCGCACUGCACAGCUCCACCGACUUCUUCACCCAAGUCACACUUGACAUUGCGAAGGACUCCGCUCUCAUCGAAGCCCUUCGUACAGAGAUUGUCUCUGUGCUUGGGAAAGAGACCUGGAACAAGAGUUCCCUGUACAAUCUCAAGUUGAUGGACAGCGUGCUCAAAGAAAGUCAACGUUUGAAGCCCAUUGCUGUUGCAAGCAUGCGUCGCUACACGGAGAAGGACGUCACUCUCUCUGAUGGCGUCAAAAUCCCUAAGAAUAGCCUAACCCUGGUUUCAGCUCAUCGCCACUGGGACGCUAGUCAUUACGAGAAUCCGAACGUAUUCGAUGGGUAUCGAUUCUUACGAAUGCGGCAGAAACCCGGACUCGAGAACAAAGCUCAGCUCGUCAGUGUAACCCCAGACCACAUGGGAUUUGGAUAUGGGCUACACGCGUGUCCGGGGCGUUUCUUCGCAUCUGAGGAGAUCAAGAUCGCGCUAGCGCAUAUGUUGAUGAAUUAUGACCUCAAGAUUGUGGAAGGCUGUGACUUAGAGCCUAGGCGAUUUGGAUUCAGCCUGCUAUCGAACCCGACCGCAAAGCUCGCUGUAAGAAAACGUAAGGAAGGCCUGGUGCUUUAG